UUUCGUUCGUUCGUUGUAUCGAUUUUUUGAGUGAAGUGAGCUAGUGUUCGUGUCCUUUAGUUUUGUGACGUUUGUUAAGAAAAUAUCUGUGAAUGGGAUUGUGUAAUAAGAUAAAACCUUUAUUUGGUGUGUGAUUUUCUGUAAAGGAUGACGAAGGACAGGUUAGCGGCGCUACAAGCGGCGCAAAGUGAUGACGACGAUGUCGGGCCAGACGAUGUUAACGUCCCCGUUGAAGGUGGCUACAUGGAUGAAUUCUUCAGUGAGGUUGAAGAGAUACGGGAGAUGAUAGAUAAGAUUCAGGCCAAUGUCGAAGAGGUAAAGAAAAAGCACAGUGCCAUUUUAUCGGCGCCCCAAUCAGAUGAAAAAACAAAGCAUGAGUUAGAAGAUCUCAUGGCUGAUAUCAAGAAAACUGCCAACAAAGUUAGAGGAAAAUUAAAACACAUAGAGCAGAACAUCGAACAGGAGGAGCACUCGAACAAAUCGUCAGCGGACCUGAGGAUAAGAAAGACGCAGCACUCGACGCUGUCGCGCAAGUUCGUCGAAGUGAUGACGGAGUACAACCGCACGCAGACGGACUAUCGAGAUCGGUGCAAAAACAGGAUACUCCGACAGCUGGAGAUCACCGGGCGCGCGACCACCGACGACGAGCUGGAGGCCAUGCUCGAACAGGACAACCCGGCCGUGUUCACUCAAGGGAUUAUAAUGGAGACGCAGCAAGCGAAGCAAACGCUAGCAGACAUAGAGGCGAGGCACGCGGACAUCAUCAAACUGGAGACGUCGAUCCGGGAGCUGCACGACAUGUUCAUGGACAUGGCCAUGCUCGUCGAGAGUCAGGGCGAACUGAUAGAUCGCAUCGAGCACCACGUGGGCGAGGCGACCAACUACGUGGAGACGGGCGGCGGCGAGCUCGUGCAAGCGUACAAGUGGGCCACCAAGGCGCGGAAGAAAAAAAUCUUCCUCAUAAUAUGCCUGUCAGUUACGCUGGUUAUAUUAAUAAUAGUGCUCGCAAUCGUCCUGUCCUAAGGAUUGUCAUCACGCCGGGCCUGUGACGUCACACGGUCUACCCACGAACUGUUAACAGUGCAAGGAACUAUGAUAUUCGUCUUAGCUAGCAUUUAUAUACGUCCGUACUGUAGGAACGCUGGUAUAGCUAUGACAUAUUUUGGUGCUUGAGCGAUACAUAUGCGGCAGUACUGUCACAAAACACAAGAGAUGUUUAGUAAAAUUUUCAUUAAAUUAUACCGUAGCACCAGUGAUGUUUUUGAUUGAAUUUUGAUUCAAAACAUAUUUUUGUAACCAACGAUUAUAUUAAAUGUAUUUAGCUCUACUGUCGUCGAGUAGAUGGAAGACAAUAUUAUGUGUACAGUGCAAUAAAUAGAUUGUGCUCUAGUAUAGAUAAAGACCUGAAUGUAUAUAGUGCAGUCGAAUAAAGUUACUGUUCGGAAAGUCAUUUAUGUAAAUAUUGUCUGGUUUAAAGGAUAUAAUAUAAUGAGGAGUUUCAAGCUACUCCUAAUACCACAAUACGCACUUUAAAAUCUUUAUAUUACACUCAACGUUAGUCAUUUCUUCUCAUUAUAUUAUAUUCCAAUAUUAUAGAUAUAAGAUAAUAAUAAUUUAUUAAGGAUUCAAAAGUAUACUUAACUAUUGUAUAUAUUAACAGUACUAGUUUUACUAAUGAGACAACUGUGCAUUUAAUAAAACGUUGUCUUUAUUUUCUCUAAAUUCCUAUUCUACAAUAUUACCAGAGAAUAUCUUUCGUACAUCAAAUUACAAAUAGUCUUUAAGAAUAAAUUAUAUUUUGAGAUCACAAGCAGUAUUUUAUUAGUUAAGCAAUGUUUCUUUAUACUUAAGUACACAACACGAUAAACGUUUAAAGUAUCUCGUGGGGAGCAAAUAAGUUUAAAUAAAAAGAUGUAUGUAUUUUUAAACUGCAUACAUUACUGCCAAGAGGACAUCACAUAAAUUACAUAAUAUCUUAGUGAAUGUAGUGAUCUGGCAAAGAAAUUGCACAAAACUUUAAUGAAUAUAUAAUAUUAAACAUAUUUUAUUUCUUAUCGUACAAAUAAAUAUAGAUUCCUCAAGUAUGUACUUUUAUCUCCAUUGUUAUUAUAGUUCAAUAAAAUUUAUUUGCUCUCAGUUUUAUAGUGUGAAACAGUACUUAUUGUAUCGCGUUAGUCACUUCCUAUUUAUUUAUUGUUCGCAAUAAGAUCGGAAUGUUCUUUAAGAAUGCAGUGUUUGAUUGUUCUUUUAUUUCUAAUUUGUUACAUAAUGUCACGUUACAACUAAGAUAAAUGUUUUUUAAUGUUAUAUUUGCUUUUAAUAGGAUUUUUCUUUGAAUUCGUAUUCCUCUAUGAAGUAUUUCUAGUUACGAAACGCACAUGUUUUAUAUCAUAUUGCUAUGUUAUUAGCAAGUUACUGUGAUUUUAUGUCGUUGAUUGUGCGAUGGUAAUUGUGUCUUUGUAAUAAGCAUUGAAUGUUUAUUCUCUUGCAAUCAUUUAUUUGUAUAAUGUAAAGACUGCGAGACAUAAUUAUUUGCCAUUCUUUAUUAUUAUUACUUAAUGUGCUUCAUUAUAUUGUUAUACCACAUGUUAUUUAACGUUUGAAUUUUAAAUCUGUUUUCUAAUUUACGAACAAUGUUUAACUCGUGGAUACAUACGAGCGUUCUUUAAAUGUAUUCGACUAUUAAUUUACUGAAUAAUGUAAAUAUGUUCAUAAUUUGAGAAUUACAUUUAUUUAUUUUA